AUGUUGUCGAUGCUGUGGCUAGGUGUUCUCAUUACCUUUGGGUUUGGGAUUAUUACUACCCUUCGCGGCCGCAAAAGAUAUCCGUUGCCUCUUCCUCCCGGCCCUAAACAGAAUCCCAUAAUUGGAAAUCUGAAUGAUCUUCCAACCCCAAACCAACAAGAUUGGAUGCACUGGCUGAAACAUAAAGAACUAUAUGGACCCAUUAGCUCACUCACUGUGCUAGGGAGACAUGUCAUCAUCCUUAAUGAUGCUAAAUUUGCAGUUCAACUACUAGAGAAACGUUCCUCUAUACACUCAGGGCGUCCAGAGAAUGCGUUUACUGAUAUGUCGGGGUGGCAAUAUGUUCUUGGGGCACUCAGAAACCCAGAUCACGUAAAGAAGACACGGAAGCAGUUGUUUCAAGAGAUAGGUUCAAAAAAUUCUGUUUUCCGCUUCAACGAUGUUCAGACAGCAGAGGUCAGUCGUUUCCUGAUAAGGGUGUUGGACGAACCAGAAAACCUUCAUCAGCACAUACGGAAAGAGGCCGGAGCGAUAGUCUUGAAAAUUGGUUAUGGUUACACUAUUGAACCCCAUGCUCAGGACCCUCUUGUGGACCUGGCCGACAAGGCGAUGGAGGAAUUUUCAUAUGCCUUGCUUCCAGCAACAUGGGCGGUCGAGUUUAUUCCAAUAAUGAAAUAUCUCCCAGCCUGGUUCCCUGGGGCGCGAUUCGUGAAGAUUGCGCAAGGCUACAAGUCAAAAUCAAAGGCCUUUAGUGAUGUUCCGUACGCAUUUACCAAGCAGCAGAUGAGUAAUGGCAGCUUCGUGCCGUCCUUCUUAUCCAAUCUUCUUCGAGACAAUCCUGUAGAGCCUGGGACCGAAGAAGAAGAAAUCAUCAAGUGGGCAGCUGGGUCCCUAUACGCCGGAGGCGCAGAUACAACCGUCUCCUCAAUUGCGAGUUUCUUCCUCGCCAUGGCCCAUUUUCCGGAAGCGCAACGCAAGGCUCAGGAGGAACUUGACACAGUGCUUGAGAGUAAUCGACUACCCGAAUUCCGAGAUCGAGAAAACCUACCAUAUAUAAAUGCGCUGGUCAAGGAAGUUCUCAGAUGGCAUCCAGUUGUACCCAUGAGUGUAGCACACACAUCAAACCAGGAUGAUACAUGCGAGGGUUACUUCAUUCCCAAGGGCUCGUCUGUUCUCACAAAUAUCUGGGCAUUUACACACGAUGCAAACGUCUAUCAUGACCCAAUGACCUUCAAUCCGGAACGCUUCUUGACCUCGCCCGAUGGCAAACUCCCAGAGCGCGAUCCGCACAUGCUUGUGUUUGGCUUUGGUCGUCGAGCCUGCCCUGGGCGUACUCUGGCAGACGCGAACGUCUUCCUCACUGUUGCACAGGUUCUCACUGUGUUCAGUAUCUCGAAACCGAUAAAAAAUGGAGUUGCCCAGGAUAUCCCACUCAAGUUCCUCCCGGGGGUCAUUAGCCAUCCGGCUCCGUUCAAGGUGUCAGUCCGGCCACGAAGCGCGAUACAUGAACAACUCGUCCAAAACCUCAGAGUGCAUCAUCCUUGGGAAAAGAGUGAUUCCGAAUUCCUCCCGAGUUAUAGACUAUGA